CGGACGCAUAAGUUCUCACUCAGCCUUCGUGACAAACACUCCAAUUGAUUGUGCCCUUCGACGAUAAAUACUUAUCACCCGACUCGAAAUGUAUCCGAGACAACCCGUCAACUGCGAAAAGAAAAAGAUUGGAUUCGGUUUAAGAAAAUAAAAGCAACAAGAGAAAUCAAUGUUUUGGACAUUCCCUUAGAGAACAUAGUGUAAAUUGGUUGGAUUGUGUAGCAGAGGUGGAAAUGCCAAAAUAAUGAGAACAUUGUUGGCAAAGAAAGCAUUCAAUCCACAGAGGAAAAGUCAAGACUUGACAUUUAAGAACUGUCUUUUCAAAUAUAAGCCCGAUUUAGAAAAGGGAGUAAAGAAGAGGCAUUAUCUCUUGUUGGUCACAACUGUAUGUGCUUGCUAUUAUAAUGCCCUAGAGUGUGGUUUUGUGUUUGAUGACAUGUCAGCUGUAAAAGAUAACAAAGACCUAAGGCCAAUAACACAUGUCUCCAACAUCUUUUGGAACGACUUUUGGGGUACACCAAUUAUAAAGGAACACAGCCACAAGUCAUACAGACCCAUAUGCGUUCUGACGUUCCGCAUUAAUUAUAUGAUCGACGAACUCAACCCUCUAGGAUAUCAUUUAGUGAACGUUCUUCUCCAUGCCCUAGUUUGCAUACUUUACCUCAGGUUAUGUUACAUGUUUCUACCAGCGGAAAGCAGUUUAGUGGCAGCCAUGUUAUUUGCUGUACAUCCUAUACACACCGAAGCGGUGACCGGUGUUGUGGGUCGAGCGGAAACUUUGUCUUCCGUCUUUUUUCUGUCAGCUUUCUUGUGCUACAUCCAAUGCUCUCAAUGGAAGUGGACAGGUGAGCUGCGUAUCAAUAAGAAGACUUCGACUCUAACACGUCAAAGCCUUGCUUACAAAUUUGAUAUUCUAUUACGAUUUCGCCAUCUGUACCACAAAUUUGUUCCGUCAGCAUAUUUUUUCUAUUUUUUGAGUCGAAAACAGCGCAGAAUACGUAACGUUUUUUUCAAGGCAAAAAACUUGCUUCCUCGACCUCGUCCAGGUGAACAGUACCAAGCCCGUGUGGCUCCGAGUCAUCUGAACGUUUUUCUAAAUCUAGGAAAUUUGAUAUCUAGGAAUGAUACCAGACUAGAAGAAGCCGAUUCGCUAUACAAACAAGCUAUUAGUAUGAGGGCAGAUUAUAUCCAAGCUUACAUCAACAGAGGGGAUAUUCUUGUAAGAUUAAACAGAACCGAAGAAGCCAGAGAAGUAUACAAGAAAGCCUUAAAAUUUGACAGCAAUAAUCCUGAUUUAUAUUAUAACUUAGGGGUUGUUCUGUUGGAACAAGGACGUUCCAGCGAAGCUUUACAGUAUUUCGAUAAAGCCCUGAAAUUAGAUCCAGGACACGAGCAAGCUUUAAUGAAUUCCGCCAUAUUAAUACAAGAAACUGGAAGUCCCCAAUUAAGGAAAGUCGCUCACGAAAGGUUGAACGUAUUACUACAGAAGGGAAAAGCUAGUGAAAGGGUGUAUUUCAAUCUAGGGAUGUUAGCCAUGGACAAUCGUGAUGUCAGUGAAGCCGAGAAGUGUUUUCGUAAAGCUAUUGAGUUACGUGACGAUUUUAGAAGUGCCCUUUUUAACUUGGCGUUACUUCUUUCCGAUGCUCACCGUCCUUUCGAAGCUGUGCCUGUUCUAAAGCAAUUGUUAAAAAAUCAUCCCGAUCAUGUAAAAGGUCUUAUACUCUUGGGAGACAUAUACAUUAAUCAUGUUCGCAAUUUGGACGCUGCUAAACAGUGUUACGAAGAUAUUUUAUCGUUGGAACCUUCCAAUAUUCAAGCGUUACAUAAUUUAUGUGUGGUGUACGUGGAACGUGGACUUUUAUUAGAAGCCGAAUCGUGUCUGAAGAAAGCAGUGAGUAUAGCUCCACACGAAGAAUACGUCCAACGUCAUCUAAAAAUCGUUAAAGAUCGUCUAAAACAGCAAGAAGAUAAACAAUCGCUAAAUGGACGAAACAGCAGUUAUUCUAGCAAAUUUUCGCUAUUAAAUUAAUAUAUAUAAAUAUACCAAUCGUUCGAGUGACGAGUGACAGAAUCAUCAAAGAAGUUCCUAGAAAUGAUUGAUUAUUGGUGCUAUCUGGUCCUUCACGGGAUACCUAAUAAACAUCUAUGCUAUGUACUAAUUAAGUAGUAAUAUCCGUGUACAUACAGUAAAUAGGACCAUUAUUUUUAUAUGUGCACCUUUUCUGUUUAACAGCGAGGUGUAAUCAUUGGUGUUUGUGACGAAGACAAUUCGAUUAUUUUCUGUGAUAAACGGAAUUUAGAAUACAUUAUAAUGUAUUAUUUUACCUUUUUUCUUAGUUUCAGGUAUGUACAUGUUUAUAAUUUACAUAUUAUUUGCUAUAUAUAAUAACAAGAGCGCGAUUAUGUUGUGUAAAUGUUCAAUUCCUCAACAGUUCUACGGAAUAGAGUUCUAUUUUUAUUGUAUAUUCAUUAGUUUGCGUAUACCAAAGAUAUCAUGUAAUGUGUUCUUAGUUAUGGGCAUAUCAGUAUAAUUACAUCCUGUGAUCAAUAAAUUACAGUUCAAUUUUUUAAAAAAUUAACGAAUAUUUUAAUCUUUUAAAAUCGUAUCCAUACAAAGUCAAGAACAAUAUAAAAGAACAAUAAAGACGGCUGAGAGGAUUUGCGGGCAUUCAAAAAAU